AUGGCCGCCCCUCAAAGACCCACGCCCGACGUCGAAGAACUGCGCCGGUUCUAUGUCGGGAAACUCAUCACGGAGCUGCCCAUGCCGGCAGCAGUCCUCGAUGUCGCCCCCUUGAAGCGACACUGCAAGGCGAUGCUGGAUGCUGUCGACAGCCUGGGCGUCGGCUUCCGUGCGCAUGUCAAGACACACAAGACAGUCGAAGUUGCUCGUCUCCAGAUAGGCGAGACGUCCAAAGAUGUCAACAUUGUCGUCUCGACGCUGCUGGAGUUCGAGCACGUGCUGCCGCUUCUCGAGGAGUGCAGGGACAAUGGCCGCAACGUCAAUGUCCUCUACGGCAUCCCACUCCCACCAUCGCGGGCCGCGGCUCUGGCCGUUCUCGGACAACGCAUCGGCCCUGGUAGCGUCUCUGUCAUGAUAGACCAUGCGUCCCAAUUGACCGCGGUGGAGCGCUUUUACGAACUCGCCGGGUUUCCCGCAGGCAUUUACGUCAAGGUCGAUACGGGCUACCACCGCGCCGGCCUCCCACCAGCGGGGCUCAACAAGAACAGUCUGCUGGAGAAGAUCGCUCAGCUGGAGUCUGAAGGUAAAGCGAACCUCAUCGGUCUCUAUUCCCACAGCAGUUUGAGCUACAACGACUCUACGGCGAAGCAAGCGAUGGACAAUCUGGCAGAUGAGAUCAAGGGCUGCGUCGAGGCGCUCCAGAACAACGCGGCGCAUUUCAAACCGGGCAAGCAGCUGACCAUCAGCGUCGGGGCCUCACCUCAAGUCGCCUCAAUUGAGAACCUCACGCGACCAGCGGCGGCGGGGUCGCCUGACGGAGACCAUCUUCGCCAGACGAUACAACAAAUAACGCAGAAUAUUCCUGCCGGGUUCCGAACAAAAUUGGAAUUGCACGCGGGAGUCUACUCGCUUCUUGAUGUUCAGCAAAUGUCGACCCAGGCACGGGGUUUCCUUGGCGCAAUUGAUGAUGAGGUCGCCAUCUCCGUGGUCGCCGAAGUCGUCAGCGUCUACAACAACGGCGAGAGAGAGACACCCGAAGCGCUCGUUGCCGUUGGAACCCUCGGGCUCGGAAGGGAACCAUGCGCUGCAUAUUCUGGAUGGGGUGUGAUCGGGCCAAAGUCAUUCUCGGCUGAACCUGGGAACAAGACAAGGCUGAUUGUGAAGAGGAUCAGCCAGGAACAUUCUAUUCUUGCCUGGGAGUCGAAUUCACAGGAUCCGAUUCCCCUUGAAGUUGGCCAGAGCAUCCGUAUAUAUCCAAACCAUGCUUGCGUCACGGGUGCCAUGUACGGUUGGUACCUGGUGGUUGACUCCAGCGAAAAGGAGACCGCCGAACGGAUCGUGGACGUCUGGGUCAGAGUAUCAGGCUGGUGA